ACUGCCUCGAAAGAAUAUACCUGAAUAAGACGAGCCAGCUUUAGCAAAUUUCAAUCAUUCCAAAAGUUAUAUUCGGUGAAUAUCAGUGAAUAUGAAAUUAUUGUUGUUUGUAUUUUUGUUUGCGUUUGCUAACGCUUCACCGGGCUAUUCAGAUUCUUCGCCUAGUGGAAAUGAUAUCAGUGAAGGAAAUGCCCAAGGAAGCUCCUUCGGAUAUUCAGGUAGUUUUGCAGGUGCCGGUGUACCAGGAGGAAAUUUUCCUGCCUUCCCUGCCUUUCCGCAGUUUGACUUUUCCGGAUUCUUCACCAACUACUUAGAAGCCUUGAACAAGCAACAUCAAGAAUUCAUUAACCAAGGUGGUGGUAUUUCUUACGCUUAUGCUUUCUCUAGCCCUGGUAGCUCUGCUAUGUCUCAAUCCUCUAUUAGUUUUUCUAAUAAUAACGCUGAAGGACUACAAAAGUUGGCUCAAACUCAAGGUCAAACGGGAGGAAGCUACGCUCCCAAUUACCAAGGUGGAGGAGGUGUGGACUUAGGAAACAGAGGAGGAUUCGUUGGAGGUUAUGGAGGAGGGUUUUCCGGACCCGAUGGUCAAAGUUUCAGCUUUUCCGGGCCUAUUGGGGCAGACAGUGGGGCAGCUUUCGCUAGUGGAUCUAUAGGACCAGGAGGUGGUUUCCAAACAGCAGCAGUUUAUCCAGAAAAUCCAGCUUCCCCCAAUGUUAACACCCGAUUUGGAGCUAGCGGAGGUGGACCUGGAGGUGGAGAUUUCAAGAGUGUAUUCACAUCUAGCAAGAGUGUGACCUCUAAUGUAGAUGGAAAACCACAGACAUUCCGUCAAGCUUCAACCACUGUCAAUGACAAUGGAAAAGUGACUACUUAUACAGCUCAAAACCCAUAAUCUUUUUUUACUAUUUUUAAAUACAUAAAUACUCAAAAUAUACAUUUCUAUACUUAAAUCU